AACUCGUGGCCUGCUGACGCUCGGUCUCGGCUCGGGCUUGGACAGACCAUCCUUACUUAAUUUUACAUUUAUAUGUUCCACUGAACAAUUUGUGCUAAGUACAAUAUAUUCUGACUAUGCUUUUCGAUCACUACUUAAGAUAUUCUGGUUUCUCGUUUUGGAUUUGUGGCAAUAAAAGGAAUGAUAAAGUAGGGGAAGGGAGCAACGACGACUUGGCAAGGCGUCUCAUAGUUUGUUUUGGUUUGUGGAGCGACGCCGCAGCGUCUGGUCCGCGGGUCUUCUGUAUAUAUCAACAAAAUUUUCGAACAUCCAUCCACCAUGUCUACUACAACUGCAGGCUUGAAAAACUGUUGCCAGCGGUUCUGUCCUUCCUGCAAUGAUGUCAUCAGUAUUCGCCGACAUGUCUGCAACUGUGGUUACAGCUUUAUUGAUGCCAAACUUAAAGCUGAGCAGGAAAAAGUGGCUCGUCAAGAAAAGAUGGGAUUCUCACACAAUACUGGACAGGAACAGUUUGUCCCAACAAGAAAUCUAACAAAAAGAAAGAGGCUAGGGAAAAAAAACCUUGAGUUAAAAUACAGAAAGACAAUGCAGGAGAUGGAAGAGGAGAUAGCAAAGCUCCAGGCUGCGUAUGAUGCCCGCAACAAGGACAAAAAGCCUCAGACAGAGAUAUUGCAGUAUUCUGGCAGUUCAUGUGGUCGGAAGAGCAGAGCUUUAGGUACACCAUCAAAUCCUUUCCCUGUCAAUCAUAAAGUUGUCGAAUCUGCGGAGCCUGCUGUAGAAGUUGUACCUGAACCUAUUGAUGGCCAGAGGAAACGUUUCCAGCGGCGCUGUCCCUCCUGCCGUGAUAUUAUCAAUGUUCGUCGACAUGUCUGCAAUUGUGGCUACAGCUUUAUUGAUGCCAGACGUAAAGCUGAGAAGGAAAAAGAGGCUCAUCACGAAGAGAUUGGGAAAAGAGCUACUAACUAUAAAACUCUUUCCAGGUCACUUACUGCUAUUAAGAAACAUACUGCCAAACUUAGAGGUGGUGGCUACCAGAUCGCUGUCGUCUACUUCAAAGUCCGCAGCCAAAGAACAAUCAAGAGCAUUUUACCAGGAAGUGGCCUCUCAAAAGAGGGUGAACAAAAUCUUAUCAAAUAUUUUUACCUUUCACACACUCAGAACAAGGAAGUGAAUGCCAUGAGUGCUCAACAGAAUGAUGUUAAUGAAGAUGAUAGUGCAGCAAGUGCUGAAGAAAAUCUGGUGGUCAACUGUCCGAAACAGGAGGAAGAAGACAAUAGUUUAAAAAUGAACAAGAAGAAAGUAAAGAGAAAAUGUUCCAGAAGGUCAAAUGAUGCCAUUAGCCAUCCAGUUGCUGCCAGUUGUAUUCCAGACCAGACGUUUCCAAAAUAUGACGUUAACAACCUUCCGACUCCAGGGUCAUUAGACCUGGAAAAUUUUGCAUCUAGCAGUUCAAAGUUGGAUCAAGCCGUCAAUUGUAUCCUGGACCAGACUUUACUCAAAGUGAUAGGAACUGCCUUCCCAAUCCAAGACCAUUAAAAGUCUUGGAAAAAUGUUACAGCAAUCAGUACCAAGCUUACUCAAAAAAAUCUUGUGCAGCUAGUCACAGAGGCAGAAGAUGAAUCUUUCGCCAAAAGAUAAGGCAUGCCGCUCCAGAAGAAGAAAUAGUAACAAAAUACGGUGGUAUCUGUGUGUGUGUGUGUGUGUAUAUAUAUAUAUAUAUAUAUAUAUAUAUAUAUAUAUAUAUAUAUAUAUAUAUAUAUAUAUAUAUAUAUAUAUAUAUAUAUAUAUAUAUAUAAAUAUAUAUAUAUAUAUAUUAUAUAUAUACACACACAUACAUACUCGGAAUAUAUAUAUAUGACCACUAUUUCUUCAAGAGUCAAGGGGUAAUUAAGCAAUCAUGUUAUUUUUGCCAGACUCGGCAGCGGGGUACAGUGGUGUAAGACCUUAGCACCACAAGAGGGUAAAUGCAGUUUUUGAGGAAGUUGCUGAGGCACUUCUGAUGGGAGAUCACAAGUUUGUCAACUGCCCGUCUGGACUGAUCCUAGACAUAAUUUAACCACUCAUUUUUAAGCAUCCCUUUGUGCCAUGAAGGACAGUGAAAUCAGACCUAUUGCUGUAGGUAACGCAUUUUACCACCUUGUUGCCAGAGCAACCAUCAGAAGCACCAGUAUGGAAGCCACUAAGGUGCUUCAACCAUAUGAACUAGGUUUUGGUGUUCCCCAUGGCAGUGAAGCAGUAGUUCAAAGCCUAAUAUAAAUCUCCUCCCUGAACAUAAAGCAGUAAUUAAUCACCAUUUAAAAAAUGUUUUUAACCUGG